UUUCUCUGUAAUAACACCCCCAGAAAUCGCAGAACAGAAAAAAUGGCCCAAGAAAAAACCCUGAAAUACUGGAAACUCUGCUUCCAGUAUCUGGCAAACAACUUUUUAACGCUGUUGUUAGUGGCUGUCAUGUUAGCUGUGGGCUUAGAGGUGUCAAAGCUAGGCCCAGACGAAAUCCAAAGAUUUUGGAAUGCCACAAUGAAGGCCCAAAUGGAGCCCACCAAAAUCCUCUGUUCCGUCUUCUUCAUCGUCUUCGUCUCCACUCUGUACUUCAUGUCCAAGCCUCGGUCAAUCUACCUCGUUGACUACGCCUGCUAUAAACCGCCCAUUGCUUGCCGGGUCCCAUUCUCCACUUUCAUGGAGCAUUCCAGGUUGAAUUUGAAGGAAAACCCGAAAAGCGUUGAGUUCCAAAUGCGGAUCCUGGAGCGCUCCGGCCUCGGGGAAGAAACCUGUUUACCGCCGGCGAUUCACUACAUCCCGCCGAAACCCACCAUGGACGCUGCCAGGGGAGAAGCGGAGCUGGUGAUAUUCUCAUCCAUUGAUUCUCUGAUGCGUAAAACAGGGGUGAAGCCGAAAGACAUCGAUAUAUUGAUCGUUAACUGCAGCCUGUUCUCUCCGACGCCGUCCCUAUCCGCCAUGGUCGUCAACAAGUACAAGAUGAGGAGUAACAUAAAAAGCUUCAAUCUUUCCGGAAUGGGUUGCAGCGCCGGCGUCAUAUCCGUCGAUCUUGCCCGUGAUCUACUCCAACUCCACCCGAAUUCGAAUGCUCUGAUCGUGAGCACAGAGAUCAUCACCCCGAACUAUUACAGAGGAUCGGAAAGAGCGAUGCUUUUGCCGAAUUGCCUCUUCAGAAUGGGCGGCGCCGCCAUUCUCCUGUCCAACAAGACCCGCGAUUCCCGGCGGGCGAAGUACCGGCUGGUGCACACCGUGAGGACCCACAAGGGCGGCGACGACAAGGCCUACGGCUGCGUCUACGAGCAGGAGGACGCAGAGGGGAAGGUGGGGAUAAACCUGUCGAAAGACCUGAUGGUGAUCGCCGGCGAGGCGCUGAAGUCGAACAUAACGACGAUUGGGCCUCUGGUUCUGCCGGCGGCGGAGCAGCUCCUGUUCCUGUUCACCCUGAUCGGGAGGAAGAUGUUCAACCCGAAGUGGAAAGCCUACAUCCCGGACUUCAAGCAGGCGUUCGAGCACUUCUGCAUCCACGCCGGAGGAAGGGCGGUGAUCGACGAGCUGCAGAGGCAUCUGCAGCUCUCGGCCGAGCACGUGGAGGCGUCGAGAAUGACGUUGCAUCGGUUCGGGAAUACGUCAUCCUCUUCGCUCUGGUACGAGCUGAGUUACAUAGAAGGGAAGGGGAGGAUGAAGAAAGGAGACAGAGUGUGGCAAAUUGCUUUCGGGAGUGGUUUUAAGUGUAACAGCGCGGUGUGGAAAUGUCACCGGAGCAUCGGAACGCCGGCGGAGGAUGGGCCGUGGGCGGAAUGCAUUGAUAGGUACCCCGUCCACAUCCCAGAAGUCGUUAAACUCUGAUCUCAGGGGCUGAAAUUAUUUCUGUUACUAUUAUAAUUAUAAUUAUAAAUUAUGAUUAUAAUUACUUGGCCUAAUUAUUUAUUAUUUGCGUCCAUGUUUUUCUUCUUUUGGGGUUAAUUAAGCUGACGCAUUUUGUAUACAUACAAGACUAUAGAUGAUGACUGGAAAACAUUUGCUUCUAUAGGAGUAUUGGUCAACAGCCUGUGUAACUCAUUCUCAAUUAUUAUUUCCCCCCUCUUAUCUCAAAAUAAUACUCACUUUCAUCUUA